AGACAAAUAGAUACAUAUCAGUUAUAAUGAAAUGAAAGAAUAAAUGAGUCUCGGAUACUAUAUAUAGACACACACACACACACGCAGUGAAUUCUAAAAUCAUACAGGUAUUCGUAUACGUAUUUAUACAUAUCUGACACUUUGUGAAUGAAUACAUACCUCAUAUCAACGUAAAUAGCAUAAUCCUAUGGUUUAAUCAUUAAGAAUAAGCAAUCAAAACUCAUUCCUUUUUAUUUUCUACCCAACAAAAGAAUUAUUUACUAUAAGAGAGAAGAGAUGUAUUUGGUACAGAAAUAAUCAGUUUACCAUUUCAUUUGUAUAUUUAGAAGGACAAUUUUCAAUUGUGACUACUAUUAGAAUUCUAACUAUUGAUGUAUGUAAGUGUUCUAGUUGUUGUACAAACAUAAUAUUAAGGAAUACUAGAUGUAUGAUAUGAAAGUGGGGAUAGAAAUGAAACAAAUAGAGUAGUAAUAAAAAUUUAAAAGUAUUCUCAUUUUCAUUUGUAGAAUUUCACGAUUUCUAUGUUUCUUCAACUUCAUAUGACUUGAUAGUGUAAAGUAAAAAAAAAAUAAAAUAAAAAGAGGGAAAGAUCAUUAGUAGAAAACAUAAAUAGACAUACAAUACUCUAACACUUUUCUAAAGGGAAGUUAAAUAUGAUAUGGACAUAUUUCUCAUUAAUUCAGUCCGAUAUAUAAGAUUAACUAUUCCACUGUCUAGUUAUACACUACUAUUAACUAAACAAUUAGAGAGUUCAACAACAGCAAAAAAAAAAAACAACAACUGGAAAAUGCAAUUGUAUUACUGAUAUUUUGUUACUCUGAGUUUUAGAACAUAAAAAAUAUACAUAUAUAUAGAGAGAAAUACACUGAAAUAAUUAUUUCUUAAUAGAUUAACUUGGUGAUUAACAUAAUUAAUCUUAUAAUUCUUGAUCUAUUGACUUCUUUCUAUUUGAUCUUUUCUUUCCUUCAAAUUGAAAUAGUUCAACUGAGCACAUUGAAAUAGGCAAAUUGAUACAUCUAAUUAAAAGAAGAAAAAAAAAAGAUGUUAGACAAAUUAACUCAUUUUAAAAAUUUACUAAAUACAGAAGAUAAACGAUCAUCAGAUAUCAUGGAUUUAUCAAGUAAAAUUUCAUCAAAAGAUUCAUGGAAUUUUGAUAAUUUAUUAACGUUGAAAUUACAACAAUCUAAUUAUCAUUCAUCAUCAUCGUUAUCCUCAUCAUCAUCACUUAUCAAUAAUAACAAUAAUAAUGAUAAUACAAACAUAAAUGAAAGUAAUCAAUUAUUAUCAUCAGCUAAAUCAUUAGCUUAUUGUACACCGAAUCCAGUUCCAAAUUUACCAGAGAAUAAUCAAGUACAUUUUUUAGAAUAUCGUGGUGCUCAUUUAGCAACAUUUACAGUGAAUGGACGUGAUUUAAUUUGUUUACCACAAGCAUUUGAAUUAUUUUUAAAACAUUUAGUUGGUGGAUUACAUACAGUUUAUACAAAAUUGAAACGUUUAGAUAUUAUUCCAGUUGUAUGUAAUGUUGAACAAGUACGUAUACUAAGAGGUUUAGGUGCAAUACAACCAGGUGUUAAUCGAUGUAAACUAAUUGCACCACAAGAAUUUGAUAUACUUUAUGCUGAUUGUACAAAUUCAAGUUCUAGACCUGGGCGUCCAUCAAAACGUUUAUCCGGAGUUGAAACACCUGUUCUGUCAUCUGUACUUGGAUCCCGUCAGUCACAUACCUGUCAUAACAAUGAUUCAGGUGAAUCCACUCCCAAACAAUCACGCAGCUGUACAAGCGAUGAUGAUAACAGUGGAAAUAGUCAGUCUCAAGUCGAACAAACUUUAUGGCCCAACUAUCAAAAUAAUAUUUCCGCUUAUCCGUUAAUGAAUUCAUAUGAAUUGAUUUUACCUCAGCUAUUGAAAGCAAAAGUUUUUGAACACUUGGAAACAGUUUAUUCGUCUUUUAUGAAAUAUGCACUAUUAAAUCACCAAAAUAAAUUAGAACAUGAACAAAAUCCUUCUGGAUCGACAGAGUUUAAAUCCAUCUUUGACGGUGUAGAAAACAUAACCUUUCCAUCUAUUGAUUUACCACGGAUUUUUUCAAGCAAUAUAAUGACUCACUCUGAUCGGCUUUCCACCGAAACGUUUUUGGAAGAAGGAGAAGAAGGAAUGAAUUCAUUUAAAGAAUCAAAAACGAUAGAAAAUUCCGAUCAGACAUUAAAGUACCAACAGUUAUUUGAUUCCAAACUGCAGUAUUUUUUAAAUCAGUUCAUUGGGAUGAAUUAUCACUGGAAAUCUGUUUAUCACCCAAUGGAUUCAUCUGGACCAACACUAAAUGCUUUUGAUUCACAAAUUAAACCCCAGGUAAAUAAUCAUUUUGAUCAGCAUCAGCAUCAUCCCUACUCCUUAUUGAACAUGAAUGCAUCAGAAUCUUUAAAAUGUGACAAAUCCAAUCUACCAGUUCAAACAUUGUUUUCACAAGAUUUAAUCAAGGAAACAGUUCGAACUGCUAAACCAUCAACAUCUACAAAUGAUUGUUACAACAAUGAUGAAGAAUCAUUUGAUGAAUCUCUGUGUCCUGAUGUUUUCACUUCAUUAGGAAAUUUUAAAAAAAUGAAAUUGAAUAAACCAACAAUUCUGAAUUUCUCAGUAGAACAAAUAAAUAUGGAUUCAGAAAGUUCAACAAUGCAUGAAUCUAACGAUAAUGAAACUAUUGCAGAGAAAAAAUACACUGACACUUUAAAACGUCGUUUAAUUGAUUUCAAAAGGAAAGAAACAAUACUGAAAAAAAAUCAUGAUAACUGUGAUGAUGUUGAUGAUCCUGAUCAUGAUGACAAUGAUGGCGCUGAUGAAGAGGAUGUUGUUGAAGAUAAUUGUGACAAUAAUGAAGCAACUAAAACCAAUCGGAAUACAGACAUGUCUAGAAUGCUAACCGCAUUAAAUUAUUAUUAUUGGUGGUUACAAUAUAUGUCAAAUGAACUUCCCCAUGUAAAGCAAUCAGUCGUUAGUGAAGCGAAAGUAUCAGUGUUUAAUAACUUUUCUUCACAUGGUUGUUAUACCAAUGAUGAUUCAUUAAAGUAGUAAGCAAAGACUUCGAAAGUGAACACAAUGAUUCUACUGUUUAGUCAGAAAAAGUGGUAAAUUUAAAUGUGAUCCAUCAUGGAUUUAACAAGCCGAUACAACUUCAAAUUGAAAAGAUGUUAUUCAAAUACAUGUGU